UGUACGUGGGAAAGGUUAUUGUCAAUAAGCGAAAUUUGUAAAGCUCUUGGACAAAGAGUCUGAAAUCGGCAAGGUCCAAACAUUGAUCUCUAGUUCAUCUUGUUCCAUUAGUAUCACUUCUUCAGUAGUGAUAUUUUUCCUCAAGUGAUGGGAGCAGAUGAUGAGAAGGAGGCCCGCAAGGCCAAGAUCCGUCAACAGCUGGAGGAGCAAGCCGCUUCUGGUCGAAAGAAGAAAGGUUUCAUGACCCCGGAGAGGAAAAAGAAACUCAGGUUAUUGUUGCGUAAGAAAGCUGCCGAGGAGUUAAAGAAAGAGCAAGAACUGAAUGCGGCCGAGAGGAGAAAAGUCAUAGAGGAACGUUGUGGAAAACCUCGUCAUGGAGCAGACACUUCCGAAGCCUCUUGGACCUCUUUUUCAGCCGAGCUCAAGUCCAUUUGUAAGUUAUAUUAUGAGAAGAUCAUGGGGAUUGAAUGGUCCAAAUACGAUUUGGAGAAAGCUCUGGCCAUGAAGGACUUGCAAAUCUACGAGCUCAAUUUUGCUGUGAAUGAUAUGCGAGGGAAAUUCAUCAAACCUACGUUGAAGAAGGUGUCCAAAUAUGAGAAUAAGUUCGCGAAAUUGCAGAAGAAGGCGGCGGAAUUCAACUUUAGAAAUCAACUCAAAACCGUCAAGAAAAAGGAAUUCUCAAUCGCUGAAGACGAAACUGCAGAGAAAAAACCUGAUUGGGCCUUAGGUGAAAAGGAAGGCAAGGCUAAGACUCCUGUUGCCGAUUAAGAGAAGAUCCGCGUUCACCCUUGGGGUAUCAUCAUGACAGAGAAUUGAAGCAAAUCCCUAUCACAAGCCUGAUUUAAUUAAAAGUGUUGUGACAUUUGUGCGAGUCGUUACCCUUUUGGUUAAGAAAAUAAAUGAUUGAAGUAGGCCAAAAAA